AUGGGAGAUGAAGUUCAUAUACCCGCCCCUUCCGUUUUUGCAGAUGCACAUAAUGUGCUCUAAAACUACAACUCCGCCAUUUGUAACCGGACCAGAGUAGCUUGCAUCAGCGUACGUGAGGACCGAGCUCACUAACCGGUAAAGUUAGAGGCAGGUCUUACUUUGUUUUAAAGUAAUUUUUUUAAUAUAGCCACUGUCAAAGUCAGUCGUCAGUCCAGAAGCGGAAUAAACGGCCAGAUGAAGCUGUUUGUUAGUGAAGGCAACCCACAUUGCCUGAAGGUGUUGGCAGCGGUAGAAGUGACAGGAGUCCACUGUGAGGCUCAGUAUGUCAGCCACGAAGAAAAAGUGGUGCCAUUCCUCAGCCGUCCAGCCUUGCCAGCCCUGCUGUUGCCCAAUGGACAACACCUUUUCAGCUCCAAUGCCAUCUGCCGUUACAUGUUUGAAGUCAGUGGAGUGGAGUCUACUGAGCUUUGCAAUCAGUGGCUUGAAUGGGAGGCCACUGAUCUUCAGCCUGCACUAUUACAGGCCCUUCACAUGACGGUGCUGCAGGGAAAAGGAUCAGAGGUGUCAAAGGUCAUUCAGGGGCCUCUAAACUACUUGGUCCAAAGCUUGAGCAAGAUAAACACACCAUAUCUAACAGGGGAAGCUGUGUCGGUUGCUGAUGUCGUUUUAUGGGCUGCGCUGUAUCCCAUUUUAUUGGACUCUGGGGUAGCAUUAGGUGAACACAAGUCUUUCAAGCUGUGGUUUGACCGUGUAAAUGGUAUGCACGCUUGUCAGACUGCAGCUCAGAAAGUGCUACAGGGAAAAGGCCAUGAGUGUAUGAAGAGCUACAUGCAAAGACAGCCUGCCCCUCAGAUCAGCCAGUGCAGAGACAUGCAGCCAAGCAACAGCACCCCUGCUGAGGCUGAUGAAGGGGAGCGUUUGGUUUCAGAGGAGGAGAUUGAGGCAGCUGCUCUCACCUGGAAUAAAGGCUUGAGUCCACAGGCUACAGAGAGAAAACACCCCAUUUUGCCUCAGGAGGGCAAGAGAAACAUCCUUCUGACCAGUGCUUUGCCUUAUGUCAACAACGUCCCCCAUCUGGGCAACAUUAUUGGCUGUGUCCUCAGUGCUGACGUCUUCUCCAGGUAUGGCCGUCUGCGAGGCUGGAACCUGCUGUUUGUAUGCGGCACAGAUGAAUAUGGCACCGCUACAGAGAACAAAGCCAGAGAGGAAGGCCUGACACCACAGCAGAUCUGUGACAAGUACCAUGCUGUUCACUCCAGCAUCUACAAAUGGUUCCAGAUUGACUUUGACUUCUUUGGCAGAACCACUACAGAGAAGCAGACAGAGAUAGCCCAGGAUAUAUUUUGGCGGCUCCACAAGAAUGAUUUCUUAGUAGAAGACACAGUGGAGCAACUCUGUUGUGAGAAUUGCAAGCGCUUCCUGGCAGACCGUUUUGUCGAAGGCAUCUGUCCUCACUGCAGCUACCCAGAAGCUCGUGGUGACCAGUGUGACAAGUGUGGGCGACUCAUCAAUGCAGUGGAGCUCAAGGAACCCCAGUGUAAGGUCUGCAGGCAGACUCCCGUCAUCCGCACCUCUAAACAUCUCUUCCUGGACCUGCCAAAGUUAGAGAGUCAAUUGGAGCAGUGGCUGGAUAAGUCAACUAGCGGUGGAGACUGGACACCAAAUGCCAAACAAAUUACACGCUCCUGGCUCAGGGAUGGACUUAAACCUCGCUGCAUCACCAGGGACCUACACUGGGGAACACCAGUACCUCAUCCUGACUUUAAAGAGAAGGUUUUCUACGUGUGGUUCGAUGCCCCCAUUGGUUAUCUGUCCAUUACCGCCAACUACACUGACAAAUGGGAGAAGUGGUGGAAGAAUCCUCAACAGGUGGAGCUGUACAACUUCAUGGCCAAGGACAAUGUACCGUUCCACAGUGUGGUGUUUCCCUGCUCCCUACUGGGAGCUCAGGACAACUACACUCUGGUCAACCACCUUGUUGCCACUGAAUACCUGAACUACGAAGACACAAAGUUCUCCAAGAGCCGUGGUGUAGGUGUGUUUGGAGACAUGGCCAAGGACACGGGCAUCCCGUCUGAUGUGUGGCGCUUCUACCUGCUCUAUGUGCGUCCAGAGGGACAAGAUUCUGCCUUCUCCUGGGCCGACAUGGCUAUGAAGAACAACUCUGAGCUGCUCAACAACUUGGGCAACUUUAUCAAUAGAGCAGGCAUGUUUGUCAUGAAGUUCUUUGAGGGCUGUGUGCCUGUGAUGGACCUACAGCAUGAAGAUAAGAGGCUCCUGGCUCUGGUGGGUUGGGAGCUGCAGCAGUAUAUACAGCUCAUGGACAAAGUCAAAAUUCGUGAUGCCCUCAAACACAUCCUGAACAUAUCUCGCCAUGGUAACCAGUACAUUCAGGUCAACGAACCCUGGAAGAAGAUCAAGGGGGGAGACACAGAAAGGCAACGUGCAGGCACCGUUACUGGUGUGUCUGUGAACAUCGCCUGCUUGCUGUCAGUGAUGCUCUUGCCAUACAUGCCAACAGUUAGCCAAACCAUCAGGGAUCAACUGAACGCCCCACAGUCCUGCAUCAAUACCAUGCUGCAAGGCACUGGUACUUUUGUGUGUGCCUUGAGUGCAGGCCACCGCGUUGGCACGGUCAGUCCGUUGUUCCAGAAACUGGAGGCUGACCAGAUCGAGGCUUUGAAAAAGAAAUUUGGUGGGCAGCAGCUUGAAGAUGAACUACCCCAAAAAAAGAAGACGGCUCAGAACGCUGCCAGUGCUCAACCUGUCACAGUGCCAGUUCCAGCUGCUGCUGAGGUGACAACGGUGAACGGAGUGGACUCUGAGAAAGCCAAGCAGCUCACACAGGCUGUGGCUGAGCAGGGCGACAAGGUACGAGCGCUCAAAGCCCAGAAGGCAGAGAAGGCUGUGAUCACAGCAGAGGUGGCCAAACUUUUGGACCUCAAAAAACAGCUAGCUGUGGCUGAGGGGAAGAGCCCAGAGCCUGCACCACAGAAGAGCAAGAAGAAGUGAGGCAGAGACGAAGAAAAAAGGGAAAGCAAAAAUGAUGGAGGUUAGUCAGGGGAAGGGAAGAGGAGAAUGGUUUGAGGUAUGAUAGUGGAGAAUGGGAACAAGAUGUACACUAAGAGAUGAGGGUAUUAGCUUAAGGCAAAGCCGUGACAGGAUCUAAGACAAUAUGGUAUUGGCGCUGAGGACUAAUGAAAUGCUGGAUAGGCCGACGGGGAAAUGAAAACACACAAAGAGAGACUCAAAUGAAUACAGCUACAGAAUGGAGGGAUUUUUCCAAAUCCCUACACCAAAAGAAACUGAUUUUAUACUCUCCCUGUGAUAAAGUCAGCAUACGAUAUUAGCAUUGGAAGGUGUGUUGCGCAUUCAAAGAUGUUUUUUUAUAUCCUCUGGAAAAUUUGUUUUUGCCAUUUGCAACAAAUACCCUUUUUGGAUCCAUAAAAUAAAUUGAUCAAAUCUCAGUA